AUGAGGAGGAGGCGGACACUUCGGGCAAGGAGGCGUGGAGGCAAGGAGGCGGCACUUCAGCAGAGGUGUAGUGUGGAGUGGAGUGGUAUAAUGCGGCAUGAGGAGGAGACGGACACUUCGGGCAAGGAGCGGGCGCGGAGGCAAGGAGGCGGCACUUCAGCAGAGGUGUGUAGUGUGGUAGGCGGACACUUCGGGCAAGGAGGCGCGGAGGAGGCGGCAGUUCAGCAAGGAGCCGGCGCGGAGGCAAGGCGGUGGCACUUCAGGAGGACGGGCGAGCGUGGUGGGAUGACGCACGGCCAGCAGCCACUGGCGUGUGGCUGCCUCCUACUCGCCCUGCUGACCACCUGCUCAAGGCAAGGAGGACACUUGGGGCAAGGAGGUAAGCAUGGGACACUUGGGGCUCGAGGCAAGAAGGACACUUGGGGAAAGGAGGAGGAGGCAACCAGGCGGCACUUCAGGACGGAGGGGAGAGCGGCAGCAUGGAGGGGAGUCAACGCACCCGCUCAAGGCGGACACUUCAGGCGAGGAGUCGAGGAGGCGGCACUUCAGGUGAGGAGUCGAGGAGGCGACACUUCAGGUGAGGAUCGAGGAGGCGGCACUUCAGUCGAGGAGGCGGCGCUUCAGGUGAGGAGUGGAGGAGGCGGCGCUUCAGGUGAGGAGUCGAGGAGGCGGCGAUUCAGGAGGACGGGCGAGCGUGGUGGGAUGACGCACGGCCGGCAGCCACUCGCGUGUGGCUGCCUCCUACUCGCCCUGCUGACCACCCGCUCAAGGCAAGGAGGACACUUGGGGCAAGGAGGUAAGCAUGCGACUCUUGGGGCUCGAGGCAAGGGGGACACUUGGGGAAAGGAGGAGGAGGCAACCAGGCGGCACUUCAGCAAGGAGAGGGGAGCGGCAGCAUGGACGGGAGUCAACACCGUCACCGACACUGUAAGUCUCUGCUUUGGCAGGACGGCGGGGGAGCAGCAGCAAGGAGGGGAGUCAACACCGUCACCGACACUGACGGCGGGGGAGCAGCAGCAAGGAGGGGAGUCAACACCAUCACCGACACUGACGACGGGGGAGCAGCAGCAAGGAGGGGAGUCAACACCGUCACCGACACUGACGGCGGGGGAGCAGCAGCAAGGAGGGGAGUCAACACCAUCUCUAAGACGGCGCUCCAGUUUCCUUGUCAGGAGCAGAGCGGAGCGGGGCGGGGCGGAGCAGCAGAGCAGAGGAGCUUCUCGGCAACCCUCGGCCAGACAGGAGAUGCAGCAGAGGUGGCGAGGAGCAGCGGGAGCAGAGGAACAGGAGCAGUCGCCUCUGCUCUUCUCUGUUUUCGUGAGCUCAAUUUCCCUACUUUUCGUCACCUGUCCGUCUGGACUCUGUUUCCUGAAUUCUGCCUCUUCCAUUACACAGGAGAUGCAGCAGAGGCGGCGAGGAGCAGCGGGAGCGGAGGAACAGGAGCAGUCGUCUCUGCUCUUCUCUGGAGAUGCAGCAGAGGCAGCGAGGAGCAGCGGGAGCGGAGGAACAGGAGCAGUCGCCUCUGCUCUUCUCUGUUUUCGUGAGUUCAAUUUCCCUACAUUCCUUUAUCUGUCUGUCUUGACUCUGUUCCCUAAAUUCUGCCUCUUCCAUUACACAAGAGAUGCAGCAGAGGCGGCGAGGAGCAGCGGGAGUGGAGGAACAGGAGCAGUCGCCUCUGCUCUUCACUGUUUUCGUGAGCUCAAUUUCCCUACUUUCCGUCACCUGUCCGUCUGGACUCUGUUUCCUGAAUUCUGCCUCUUCCAUUACACAGGAGAUGCAGCAGAGGCGGCGAGGAGCAGCGGGAGCGGAGGAACAGGAGCAGUCGCCUCUGCUCUUCUCUGGUUGAUUUGCACAACAUGCGUGGGGAGCACUGAAGACCCCCAACUGUGGCAUCAGGUGGUCCCACACGAAGGGUCCCCACCUCAACGGGGUGUGUGGGUGUAA